ACCUCGCAGCUGAGCGCGCGGCCGCGUCACAGGUGGGGGAGUAAGGCGCGCGCCUCGCGGCAACAACCGCACAAGCAACGCCGCCGCCGCCGUUGCCGCUGAGCACCUCGCAACGACCGCUCCGACUGCGUCCACAGUGAAGAGCAAAAGCAUCGGCGGCGAACGACGCCGAUGGGGUGUGGGACUUAAGCGAAUUUAGAUUAUAAUUUUUUUUUUGUUCCAAUCACCUCCUCCCUCCUGCUCAUCUCUUUAUCAGCGAAUAAAGAAGUCGUUAACAUUGUCACGUAGAAAGAAGUUGUUGAUUAUUUUUUAAACGAUAAAAAAAACUAUUUAACAAAAAGAAACCCCCACAGAGAGAGAGAGAGAGACAGAAGUGUUUCGCCAAGAGAAGACGUCGCCUGAAAGUGGAGGUGUGUGCUCGCUUGUUGGAUAGGCGAGACGGGGACCAGCCGACCUGCUCGGCGCCUUGCCAGCCGUGGGCAAGUCGAGCGCAGCGGCACGCGUGCCCAGUCGUCGAGCGACCAUGAGUCCAGCGCUGCCGCCGGUGAUCGUGCUGGCGCUAAUGCUGGCCUCGGCGUGCGGCGGCGGCGGCGGCGGCGGCGGCAUCCUCGCGCAGUCGCCCCCGCAGCCGGCCGUGCCGCGCAUUCAACUCAACUUCCGAGAGCUGCAAGCAUCGGGCACACUCCAGAACUUCUCGCUUCUGAGCAGAAACAACGACUUCCGCAUCCUCCUGCUGGACGAGGACCAGGACCGCUUCUUCGUGGGAGCCAAGGACCACGUCGUUUCCCUGGACAUGAACAACAUUGAGCGCGAGCCGCUCACGGCCUACUGGCCCGCUGGGAGAGACAGCAAGGAGGAGUGCAAGCUGGCUGGCAAAGACGCAGAGGGCGAGUGCGGGAACUUUGUGCGCGUGAUCCAGCCCUACAACCGCACUCACCUGUACGUGUGCGGCACCGGCGCCUACCACCCCAUCUGCACCUACGCCAACGUCGGGCGCCGGGCAGAGGUAUUGCUGCCUCCUGGGGACCGCACGCUGCUGCUGAGCCACGGGAAACCAGAGUCGGGCAAGGGCAAGUGCUCCUAUAGCCCCAAACUGGAGAGCGUCUCACUCAUGAUCAAUGAGGAGCUCUGCUCAGGGGUGUACCUGGACUUCAUGGGGACGGACGCCACGCUGUUCCGUACGCUCGGCAAGCCGCACUCCCUGCGCACCGAUCAGUACAACUCGCGCUGGCUCAACGAGCCCGUCUUCCUGGACAUGCACAUGAUCCCGGACAGCGGCGACCGCAACGAUGACAAGCUCUACUUCUUCUUCCGGGAGAAGGCCACGGAAUCUGGCAACCAGAAGUCUGUCUACGCGCGCAUCGGCCGCGUCUGCAUUAAUGACAUGGGCGGCCAGCGGAGUCUGGUGAACAAGUGGAGCACCUUCCUGAAGGCCCGGCUCGUGUGCUCCGUGACGGGCGCCGAUGGCAUCGAGACUCACUUCGACGAGCUGCAGGACAUAUUUGUUUUAAAGACGGAAGAAGUCAGAAACCCCUUGAUCUACGGAGUGUUUAGCACCACCGGGUCGGUGUUCAGGGGCUCGGCCGUGUGCGUGUACAACAUGGCGGACAUCCGCAUGGUGUUCAAUGGGCCCUUUGCCCACAAGGAAGGACCCAACUACCAGUGGGUCCCGUACCAGGGCAAGAUCCCGUACCCACGGCCCGGCACUUGUCCCGGGGGCACGUUCACGCCCUUCAUGAAGUCCACCAAGGAAUUCCCGGACGACGUCGUGAGCUUCAUCCAGACGCACCCCACCAUGUUCAACCCCGUGCAGUCGAUCCACAAGCAGCCCAUCAUCGUGCGCACAAACAUCCCCUACAAGUUCACGCGCAUCGCCGUCGACCAGGUGGACGCGGCCGACGGGCGCUACGACAUCGUCUUCCUCGGCACGGAUCAGGGAACGGUGCAGAAGCUGAUCGUCCUUCCCAAAGACGACGCCGAAAGCAAAGAGGAGAUCGUGCUCGAGGAGCUCCAGGUGUUCCAGGAUCCAGUGCCGAUCUUAUCAAUGAAGAUCUCAUCCAAAAGACAACAGCUGUACGUGAGCUCGGCCGUGGGCGUGACGCAGCUGCCGCUGCACCGCUGCGGCGUGUACGGCAAGGCGUGCGCCGACUGCUGUCUGGCGAGGGACCCCUACUGCGCCUGGGACGGGAAGCAGUGCUCCAAGUACUUCCCCACCGCCAAGAGACGCAGCCGCAGGCAGGACAUCCGGCACGGGAACCCCGUCACGCAGUGCCGUGGCUUCAAUGGAAACCUGUACAAGCGGCUGCCGGAAGUGGUCCAGUUCGCCGUGGAGGGCAGCAGCACCUUCAUGGAGUGCGGCGCUCGCUCUCCUCAAGCCGUCGUCAAGUGGCUGGUGCAGCGCCUCGACAGCGAUCGCCGCAAGGAGGUGAAGCCAAGCGAGCGGUUGGCUCGAACCGAACACGGCCUGCUGAUCCGGGCGGUGCAGCGCUCCGACGCUGGCAUGUACCACUGCCUGGCCACGGAGAACGGCUUCCGGCACACGCUGGGCCGCUACACCGUGCGGGUGCUGGACAGCGGCCUGGUCGGCGGGCUGCUCACGGGGGCCGCCGUUGGCACCGACCCCAGCGGCACCCCCCUGAGCCAGCAGAGCCCCGCGCAGAAGCAGGCCUACAAGGAGCUGAUGGAGCUGCUGGGCCAGUCACGAUCGAGUCCGACCGGAUACCAGUGCCCCGGCACGCACCAGCCCGCGCCGCAGGCUAAGCAGCAGCAGCCGGCGGCGGCGGCGGCACCGCCGGCGCCGUUAGCGCAGCGGCAGCCUCAAGCGCAGCCGCAGGCGCAGCCGCAGAGCCACAAGCCAAAGGCUGCACCCAACCCGACCGCCACCAAGCACAAGCCGGCGUCCAAGGAAGAGUUGAAGCUGCGGAACCGACGCAACCCACAUGCAGUUGCUGCAGGCUAGAGGGAACCCCGCGGGACCUCACGUGUAACGCUUCUUCACUUUCUGUUUGCCAAAUGUUCUCGUUUCUGUUGCUCGUUCAUUACAGACUCCCCUACAACAACAACAACAUCGAAAGAGGUUGGUUUUGGUUUUCUGGGUAGAAGCGCUGCAGCCUGGCUGUCGUAGCUCGCACGUCUCGGCUGUUUCCCCGAGAAUCGAGAUGCUAACUUUUACAGACGUCGCGUGUACCCCACUGCGGGGACGUCCUCUGCUCCGGCGUCGGUGAGAGCGCCGUUGGAAUUGCGAAGCAUCACGAAGGCGCCGCUAAGAUUCUCCAUUCCGCGCUUUUGUUGUUGUAUUUUUUUCAGAGUGCUAGCAAUUAUAGCUGUCUUGCACCAUUAAGCUUACAAGCCUCCAAUUCACAUACCAUCAGGAAGAGACGGGCUGAGCAUGCUGUGCUGCUCCUGUCUGCGGCCAAAGCAUUACACGUCUAACUAAUUCAGUAUUUAAUAGAGGCUGUAUAUAGUGUGAUUUAUUUUUUGUGGGUGUGUUUGUUUCUGUUAUUUUAUAUAUAUUCUCACUAGUUCCUGCUGUCAGAAGGUUUGGUUAAUGUGUACAAUAUUGCAGAGAGUAUCUAUAGGGCCAAGCUUUUAAGAGUUUUUUUAUAUAUAUUUCUAAUUUAAGAGCAUUAUACAAAUGUACUUAUAUUGAUAAGAACCCCCUUCUUAGAAAGUAGAGCUCUCUGGAAAGCAUGAAAUAAACCGGAUUUUUGUUUAAAAUAAAACUGUGAAAAACUCAAUCUCGAAAUCACACAACUUUAAUAAAACUGUUGGCGCUAGAUAGCAGCAGCUGUUCAAAAUCAGAGCCCUCUAUUUUGCGGACAAGAAACCCCCAAGUAAGAAGGAGUGAACUGCAAGGUUACAUUUGUGGGAUUUGUACAGAGGACGCAAUAUUGCAUGAAGACAAGACGAGGGGGGAGCGGGGAGCGUGUGUGAAACGUGCAGUCUUUUUAGCCGAGGAAAUGUGGUUUACGAUUCACAAGGGCAGCUCCACGUUUGCUUUCCGAGCGAUCGAGGGAGCCUUGGUGAGAUGCUAGCUUUAGACUGGGAUAUAUUGUAUUGUUUCCCUUCAACGUGACUUUACCGAAAGAACCAAGAAUAUGAACCACUGCAGUCACGAAAGCUUUAAAUCAAAAUUUAGACUGGGAUAGUUUGACCAGAGCUAGACAAACUAUAUCUUAUUUUCACAUACGAUGCUUAAUCAACACCAUUCUUAGGGGGGGGGACCGUAUUUCACUCCGUAACCAAACCAUACACCAGCUCUGUUGCUAAUGUGAUUGGGUUAACAACUUUGUACUGCGCGACAGCCACCCGUUUAGGCGGUGCACAGUUCGUUUAAUUAAGUCAAAAGUUGCAAGAAAAAAGGAAAGAAAUGGUCACGUGUGUUAGACACUUGUCCGGAAUCGCAGUAACAGUGCAACAGGAACAAGCAGGCUCAGCGUGAUCGUUAAAGAACCAUGUGUUUUGUCAUUUAGAUUAAUAAAAUCGUCAUUUGACGUUUUUUUGUAAGGAUGAAUAUGUUGCUGCGGGUAAGGAAUAGGGACGAGUUUGUAGUGUGAUCGCUGUGUGAGCUUUCAAUGACGUCCCGGUCAAAUAAUGUUGUCCCACACAUAGACAGUUGAUCCAUUAUCAAAACUACUCUAAAUAUAUCGAACGAAACACAUUUUUACCUACGUGACUACACAAGUUACCGAUGGAUUGUAGAUAACAUGGAAUAAGCUGUUACGAUUGUAUGUUUUUUUUAUUACGAUUAGCAACAAUAAAGCUGUAAUGUGUCGAAUAAAAUGUUGAUAUUAACAUUUUUACACGUGGGAGUACGAGGUUGUGUUACGUGCAGCGAGUUUUGCCGAUAUUGUCCACGAUUUUUCGACUCAGGUGGCAUGUGGUUACAAAAUAAGCGAGGUCAAUGACGUUGGGUUAGGUGUACGCGUUGGGAGAGGAUCGGCCUAGACUCGGGCCCCUGUCAAGUGCCCUUCAGCCUGGAGGAUUCAAAAAGGGGGGUAGCGUUGGCAGUGGUCGGUGCCCUGCGCCACGUGACUGUUGAUUCCUGGUCACGGCUCAAAUUGGCGGCGAGCGAUAGAUAUCCGUGCGCCCCCUUCCACCAACCCGCAGCUCGCCGGCGUGGUGAAGUACGGUCUCACGAACCCCACGAUUGUCACGGCGCCCAGCGAGGCCUUCAUCCAUCAGUGCAAUGACAGUUGUUGUUGCUUGUUUUUUCUAUCGAUACAAAUGGAGAGGGUUGUCUGAUGGCAGGUGGUGUGUUGCUAUUCCCUAGUAAACAAUAGUGUGCUUCAUUGCAGGUGUCUGUAACGAGCGUUCGCAGAUGUCUGCACACGUGACGCGUAUUGGUGUAUUUUAGCUCUGCGCGGUACAUUAUCAAUGGAAUGGGAAGUAUAAAACCAUUAUGAUAAGGUACCUUUAUACGACAGCUUUCAUCAUUUGAGUUCAUAACAAUUCAAAUAAGCAGCACCAUUCAAGUUAUUGAUAACGGAGCAGUAUAUGAAAUUAAAGUAUAUCACAUUUUCAGUUAAGAAACGUGAAUCAGCUGUUAUAUUUGUGUUUGUAUUAUCAAGUAUGUAGAUGAUGUAUCUUUAAAUUACUUAAUACUUUCAGCUGACAGUAAAUCUUACUCCAAAAACCGUAUUACUGCGUGCUGUUAAAAUAUGUUGAAUUUCCUCAAGCAGUACUACCUAAGAAAGACAAGCCUAUGGCCGAGAUACAUUGAUCACUGGAAGCAAUGCCACUUUAAAAUGUGCCUGACAUGCAUUGAGUAAUUGUCAUCAACCGCAGUGAAUAACGAAGGGAAUGUUCGGAGUAGUUUGUGCGAGGUCCCAUCUCCGAGACAGUGAGAGGCAUUUCUAAAAGCUCUGCUAACAUGUUUGGAGAUCCUACAGUUUGCCCAAACCCAUAAAAUACAAUACUACACUUGUUACAGGAGUUAUACAUCCUCUAAAUAUGACUGCAGCCAAUCCAAGCAGUGUGUGAUCAUAAUUUGCUUGGGUCUCUAUGCUCAAUGUCUUGUAUACAUUUAUGGUAAAUAAAAAAAACACGUUAUUUGAUGCAUCGAAGGUCAUGGAAUUGGCAUCGUUACUCUGAAAAGUGCAAUGUCUCUGGGCCUCAUUCGCUCCAUGAACUAGCUACCUGCCCACCAACACCUAAGCGUCGCAGCUUUUGGCCCCAACUGACGUUACAUGCUUCCACAUAUUACCUGGUGCCCGUUUUAGUUCUCUCUCUCACUUGGCGACGUCGAGCUAACGUACGGUGUUGCGAGGGUGCAGCACAAAUUCGUUUUGUUCACGAGAUGUCCCCACUCGGGAUUUUGAAUUCUGCAUUGUGGCAGUUCACCGUGCCAGCCAGCGCGCGCACGUGAACGCAGCUGUUGCCGUCUGCGGAGGUCGGGGACGUGUAGAGAGCACGGACCAGGCACAUUGAUCCCGUGACCACAGUGUCCGCGCGCACUCCCUCUGGUUCAAGGUGUUGGUUGGGGGGGGGGGGGUUUGCAAUCCCUUUGUCAAUAUUGGAUUAUCCUUAAACAAACAUCGACCCCGCCGCACUUCUGGAAACUGCAGAGAGUGCACAAAUGCCACUGUAAAGGCGACACGGGCGUGCAGGGUGGUCCAUUUACACAUACCCCGCUCAUAUAAUCGGGAGAAACUAUACGAUUGUAGACUGCGAUCGAGGGCUGGCAUUCUGUGCGAGCCAACACAUCAUCAGUUCCUUUACGAGCUUUGCUCUGUUGUUAACUUUUUU